CCGUAGGCAGGCGGGCGCGUCACGUCGGGUUGGGUUAGAGCUGCGCCUGUCAGUGCGGGCGGCGGGAUGGCGGCGCUUUAUGCUUGCACCAAGUGCCACCAGCGCUUCCCUUUCGAGGCGCUCAGCCAGGGACAGCAGCUCUGCAAGGAGUGUCGGAUUGCACACCCCAUUGUUAAAUGUACUUAUUGCAGAACUGAAUUCCAGCAAGAGAGCAAAACCAACACAAUAUGCAAGAAGUGUGCACAGAACGUGAAACUUUAUGGGACGCCCAAACCAUGCCAGUAUUGCAAUAUAAUUGCUGCAUUUAUCGGUAACAAGUGCCAGCGUUGUACAAACUCCGAGAAGAAGUAUGGACCACCACAUUCGUGUGAGCAGUGUAAGCAGCAGUGUGCCUUUGACAGGAAAGAUGAUAGGAAAAAAGUGGAUGGGAAGCUACUCUGCUGGCUUUGCACACUCUCCUAUAAAAGAGUCUUGCAGAAGACCAAAGAGCAACGUAAGCACUUGAGCACCUCUUCCCGGACAAGCCUGCCGGAAAAUGAACAGUAUGGCCGACUCAGCGGCGGCACCCACUACAAUAGCCAGAAAACAUUAUCUACAUCUUCUAUUCAGAAUGAAAUCCCAAAGAAAAAGCCCAAGUUUGAUGCCAUAUCAGCCAAUGGAGACAGCGUUCCUUCCUCUCCCGAGAUGCUUUGCCCCCCUAUCCAGAGUGCCCCGUCCGUGUUGGUGCAGUGGGCUGCUUCCCAACAGAGUCUCGGUGCCCAUGAUUGUCCUGUUUCUCAAGGCACUGACAUCCUGAACUUUUCUCCAGACCUUGCCUUGGACUCUCCUGGCACCGACCACUUUGUCAUCAUAGCCCAGCUGAAAGAGGAAGUGGCUACUCUCAAGAAAAUGCUGCACCAAAAAGAUCAGAUGAUCUUGGAGAAAGAGAAGAAGAUAACUGAAUUGAAGGCUGAUCUGCAGUACCAAGAAUCCCAGAUGAGGGUGAAAAUGAACCAGAUGGAAAAGACUCACAAGGAAGUCACAGAACAAUUGCAGGCCAAGAACCGAGAGCUCUUGAAACAAGCCGCAGCUUUAUCCAAGGGGAAGAAAACGGAGAAGUCAGGAGCGAUAACCUCCCCUUAAACACCAUCUGGGAGCUCCUCCCGCAGUAAGGCUACAAACCCAGCUGGUUGGGUUGGAAUCUUUCCAGAACCUCAUUUUGAUCGUUGUUGCGAUGGACGUGGUGAAAGCCUCUGCGUCUGACCAUUCAAUAGCAUGCUUGAGGUGUUGGGUUUUUCACAUCUUGUUCUGUCCUAGUACAGUGAUGAGGGUGGCUGGGGGCACCAUCCUUCCAAACCCGCCAACAAAUACUUUCAAUGUCAGGGUUUCCCCAUUCAGUUUUAUUACCACUCCCUCGAGUCGGUAAGGGAAACAGGGCUUGGGAUAGGAUCCCUCCACAGACUUCUCCUGCUUUCUCUCUCUUCCCCCCCCC